AUGAGGCUGUUGUUGCAGCCCGUGACCCGAAACAAGAUGCAGACGGUCCGAGCGUCGGUGGUUGCUCUGUUUCUUGGAAAACAAGACGACGUCAUCUCUCUGCUAGCCAAAGAGUUCCCUGAGCUAGGCUUGAAGAAGGAGAACUGCACGGAGCUUACUUGGAUACAGUCAGUGCUGUGGUGGGCGAACAACGAUAACGCCACAGAGGUCAAACCCGAGAUCCUACUGGACCGGAACCCGGAUUCGGCGUCUUUCCUGAAACGGAAAUCGGAUUUCGUGGAGAAAGAGAUCAACAAGGAAGGGUUGGAUUUCUUGUUUAAGAAGAUGAUCGAGGUCGGGAAGAUUGGUCUAGUGUUCAACCCGUACGGAGGUAAGAUGAGCGAGAUAGGUACAACGGAGACUCCGUUCCCGCACAGAACGAAGCUUUACAAAGUCCAGCAUUCGAUGAACUGGAAAGACCCCGGAACCGAAGCUGAGAGCGGUUUCCUAGGACAGACAAGAAGCUUCUACAGCUACAUGGCUCCUUUUGUGACCAAGAACCCUAGACACGCGUACAUAAACUACAGGGAUCUGGACAUUGGAGUUAAUAGCCAUGGCCCAAACAGUUACAAAGAAGCAGAGGUUUACGGGAGGAAGUAUUUCGGAGAGAAUUUUGAUCGGUUGGUUAAAGUGAAAACUGCCGUGGAUCCCCAAAACUUCUUCAGAGACGAACAGAGUAUACCUACCUCGUCUAGCAAGUAA